GCCCAUCUUGGGCUCAGAUCCCUUCCUCGGUUUCAGAGCGUCUCCGCUCAGAGGAGGCGAAGGAUUGAGCCAAAAGGCGCGGUAGUGGAGUAUUAUGGCUGAGAUUCUGCACGGAACCUCCGCUUUUCGGAUCCCGAAUGUUGUACGUUUCUGAUAACGACACGGGCAUGGAUCACGCACAAGGUGGACCGAGCAGUCGCUUACGGGACAGAAUUAGGCAGAAUUAGGCUUCGCUGUAUUCGAAUUACCAGGACGCACUGGAGAUGACUGUCUGCUAUUUAUAAUUUUAACACUGCAGUAGGUGUUAGGUUAUAUCAGAUGCCGGGACAAGAGAAAUAGAGGAAAUUGGUUUUAAUGUAUAUCAUUAUAUUACAUCUUCAUCACUUUGAACUUUUAAGUAGAAGUGAUUGUUACACAGAUUACUGUAAUUUGACAUUUUUAAAAUUUAUGGUUUAAGUCUCAAAAUGCGUGCAUGCGUCUCAUUUUUUUAAAGGUCUUUCACUUAUUAAUACGAAUUUGCGUUUAAUAUCUGUUACAGUUUAUCUUUUUUAUUGAGCUUGGUGAAUGUACCGGGCAUGUUUAAAGUUAGGCACUGUUUUACAGAUCAUAAUAUUAACCCUAAAGCUUCAUCUAUAAAUAGCCAUUGGCUUAUUUAUUACAUAUUAUACAGAUCAGGAUAUUAAAUAAUCGACUUGAUUUAAAAAAAGUGGUAGCAAGGUGUCGGAGCUGCAGCACACAGGAUGGAGAGUAGCUCCCUGUCAUUGAACCGUCGGUGUCGUUUGGGAGCCGAGAAAACACAGAUUUCUGCAGGAAAGCAUCGCAGAGAAGACGCGGCUCUAUGUGCAGACUACCCCGGGAAGCAGAAAGCCAGCGAAAUCCGACGGGGCUCCAGCGUUAAGAAGCACCACCAUAAACACAACCUGAAACACCGGUACGAGUUGUUGGAGACUCUGGGGAGGGGAACGUACGGCAAAGUGAAAAGGGCCGUAGAGAGGCAGACCGGGAGAGAGGUGGCCAUCAAGUCCAUCCGCAAGGAGAAAAUCAAGGACGAGCAGGACAUGGUGCACAUCCGCAGGGAGAUCGAGAUCAUGUCGUCCCUCCGGCACCCUCACAUCAUCACCAUCUAUGAAGUGUUUGAGAACCGGGACAAGAUCGUGAUUGUGAUGGAGUACGCCAGCAAGGGCGAGCUGUACGACUACCUGAAUGAGCGGCACCGGCUCACUGAAAGGGAAACCAGGCAUUUCUUCCGGCAGAUCGUCUCUGCUGUGCACUACUGCCACAAGAAUGGGAUAGUGCAUAGGGAUCUGAAACUGGAAAACGUGCUACUGGACGAGAACUUUAACAUCAAGAUUGCAGAUUUCGGCCUUUCCAACCUGUACCACAAAGACAAACUCCUACAGACCUUCUGUGGUAGCCCUCUGUACGCCUCGCCUGAGAUCAUCAAUGGACGGCCCUACCGCGGCCCAGAGGUGGAUAGCUGGGCACUGGGAGUGCUGCUGUACACUCUAAUUUAUGGAACCAUGCCUUUUGAUGGAGGAGAUCACAGAAACCUUGUUCGUCAGAUCAGCAAUGGGGAAUAUCGAGAACCAGCCCAGCCCUCAGAUGCACGAGGCCUUAUCCGCUGGAUGUUGAUGGUAAACCCGGAACGUCGAGCCACAGUGGAGGACAUCGCCCACCACUGGUGGGUUAACUGGGGCUGCAGGAACAGCGUCUGUGAUUGUGUCACCACCCACCCGACCAGCUCGCCCCCGGUGCCGCCCCGGCGGCAAAACCUUCCUGAGACCCGGACCCUGGGCCGUCUGCGAUACUGGAAGCCCAGUCAGGAAGGCGACGGGGGACAGGUCUGCAUCCGAGGAGAGGGUGAACCGGGUCUGAAGAGGCCUAAGGGCAUCCUGAAAUCAAGAAUACUGGGAGUUCCCAUGCCAGAGGCUCCACGUUUUACACAGGAUGUAAACUCUGGUUCUAGUGAGGAAGAGGAUGAAACAGGGGGUCUUGCCAUAGCAGGCGGCUUGCUAGUUGAAGUACCACCUCCUCUGCCCAAGAAGGGCAUUCUGAAAAAGAACAAUCAGCGGGAAUCGGGCUACUACUCUUCACCAGAGCGCAGUGAGUCCUCUGAGCUGAUGGGGGCAGCUGUGCCAAUUUCUCCCACUGGCACACACCCCAGGAGAGCAGUGGGUAAGAAAGGAAUUCUGAAACGGAGUGGGAAGUACCCAACUGAGUAUACCAUACCAACCAUGGUGUGCACUAGGGACCCCGUUCUUUUCCAUAGUCAGAAGCGGCCCUCUGGCAUAGCAGGUAAUGAGGGUGUCUCCCGGCCCCACGUCAGGGCAUCUCUCUCAGCAGAGAGUAUACUCCAGCCAGGCCGUUUUGGGAGCCUCAGGGUCAAGCCGGACUUCCCCACAGCAAAGCUAUGCCAUGCAACACGAGUUUCCGCCAGAGACAACGAUGGUUUCUCAAUACUGAGCGACAUGGGCAACCUAAACCGAGUGUACCAGCAAGCCAAGGAUAUCACUCGUCGGAUAUACUUGUGAUCCAGUGGUGGAUUGGCUGGGAGGGUUUUUGUGAGUUUGCCAUCCAACCACGAUGAGGGUGUUAACAGCCCCUGCCACGUGUGCACAUUCAUUGUAGAAAUCAUGUCUCAUCUGUACAAGUGCUUUCCACAUCCAGAUGUUUACACUCUUACCAGAAAACCUAGUAGGAACUGCUCUUACAGACACCAGUGACAGAAGUAGAGAAGGUCCACCAAGUGGGGAAGGGCUCAGUUCAUAGAAGAAGCACCACAUUACUUGGUGUUUAGGUGCCUGGACCUCAGUGAAACAAAAAACCCCAAAGAUCAAACUUCAAAAGACUGGUAAUGUGGAUCACAGUUUCUGGUAGAAAAUGCAUCAUUGCAAAUAAGAGUUGGCAUGUCUGCUGUUAUGGAACUGACAUGCGUAUAAAUUAUAUACUCUGCUAUCUAAAUGUGCAUCAUGGAUGUAACCUUCAUGUGGAAAACACGAGUGCAUGUAUAUACCAAUAAAGGCUUAUAUUCCCUCUUUAUGAAAGGAUUAUGCAUAUAGAGUGUUAGAUAUUUCCGCUGUAGGAAGUGCCUUAUGUAAAUGAAUGUUUUGUACAUGUCUCCAUUUGAUUUAAUGUGAAUAGGAAGUGCAUGUAGGAAAUGUGGGAGAUGAUUGGGGGAGAUAUCUUAAGAGACAGAAUGGCUUUGAGGGAGAACCAAGGGAUGCCAUUUUCUCUUUGAGGCAGUGGCCACCCACCUGGUUCGGAGAGUCAGUUAAGCAGGAAGUAACAAAAAUGUUGAGUUAAGGGAUGGAAGGUUGGGAAUGUGUUCAGUGGAAAACAGUAAAAUGAGAACCUAAAGUAACAGAGAGAGAAUAUUGAGUUGCUCUUGCCUCUUGAUUACGAUUGUAUUUUGUCACCAUGCAGUAAUUGUCUGGACAGAAAGCUUCUGUAAAAUGCACUCUAACGUUUCCCUGGAUGAAAUGAGAAUUGAAAGCAAUGAUAGUAAAACGUCUGGCCUCAGUACUCUGAUACUUGCUUUUCCCUCCCUGGGGCAGAGAUGGGCUGUUAAAGGCAACAGUAGGGUUUAAUCAUAAACCCUUGUAAAGAGCAGAUGCAAGCAAUGGAAGCCAUAUGAAGACAUCAGGUUUACCCAACAGGGAAUCCACCCCCCCCCCCCCCCCC